UUUUUGGUCAGCUGGUCCUCCCCCCAGACUCUUAGUUACGUCAACUAUCUAAUAAGACAACAAGUUAACUCGGGGCUUCUUCUUUUUUUUUUUUUUUUUUUUUAAAUGAGUGAAUUAAGGACUCGGACUUUACAGCACGAGGCUGACAAACUUUACCCAGCAGCCUCACGCGCGUUGUUAGCGAGCCUCAUGUAAGGGAGGUUUAUUGUCCUAGCUCGCUGGCUAACGUUAGCCAUUUGUCUGGUUUGAGUUUUGCCGACAUGGCUACUAGAGAGAUGGCUUCACGGCAGAGAUACCGUCGCCCACCGACGAACAUAAAGCAGGAGCAGGAGGACGACUCGGACGCCGAGGAGACUCACCUGGGGCUGAGGAGAUCGGACGGGCUGGAGUCUCAGAUCAUCCACAGCGGACACUUCAUGGUGUCCUCGCCCCACAGCGAGCACCCACCGAAGAAAGGCUACGACUUCGACACUGUCAACAAACAGACCUGUCAGACGUAUCAUUUUGGGAAGGCGAGCAUGUCCCACCUGUCCAUAGACGCUUCCCUCACCAAGCUGUUUGAGUGCAUGACCCUUGCCUACAGUGGUAAGUUGGUGUCUCCCAAAUGGAAGAACUUCAAAGGUCUAAAACUACUUUGGAGAGACAAGAUCCGCCUCAACAACGCCAUAUGGAGAGCCUGGUAUAUGCAGUAUGUGGAGAGAAGGGAGAAUCCUGUUUGUCACUUUGUGACUCCCCUGGAUGGAAAUAUGGACUUGGACAUUCAUCGCCCUGCUGAGGCUACUGCCACAGAGGGGAAAUGCUGGAAAAGAAGAAUUGAAAUUGUCAUAAGAGAAUACCACAAGUGGAGAACAUACUUUAAGAAAAGGUUACAGAAGCACAAAGAUGAGGACCUCUCGAGCUUGCUUAAGGGGCCAGAGGAGCAGUUCUCGCUGUUUGGGGAAGUCUCUCCAGACAUGCUCCGUGUCUCCUUUUAUCAGGAUGAAGAGACCGCAGCGCGUCGUGUGCCUCGUAAGCAUAAUGAAAUGCCUGCCCCUAUGGAGAUGGACCCCCUCUUUGACAUGGAUGUUCUGAUGUCUGAGUUCUCAGACACAUUGUUUUCUACGUUGGCCUCGCACCAGCCCAUAGCCUGGCCCAAUCCAAGAGAGAUUGCUCAUGCAGGGAACGCAGACAUGAUCCAACCAGGACUCAUCCCCUUACAACCCAACCUAGACUUCAUGGACUCCUUUGAUCCACUCCAAGACUUAUUUCACAGCCUCCGUCCGUCCAUCUUCCCCUCUGUUUCUCCCACUGCAUCAUCUGUCACCCCUCUACCCAGCAGCAGCUCUCAGUCACAGGCCCAGUUAAUGUCUCCCAUGCAACUCACAACCAAUCACAUCUCCCCUCCCGGCCCCCUGCCCAUCCCCUCUCCCAUGGCCAGUCGAACUGGUGGCGGUGGUGCUGAUGCUGCCUUUGUACAAAACUACAUGCCUCUGUUUCCUGGGCAAGUGGCGCCCAGUGAUCAAGCUGUAGUUUCUGCCGUUUCUCAGCCAUUAUCCCAUGAUCCUCUGGCACAGUGCCUCUCAGGUCGGGACAUGGCCUCAGCGGCACCCAUGGUUCCCUCUCCCUUGGACAACACCUCAGCGCUGGGUGAAACUGUAGCACCAUCUGUGAUUACACACACGGCUUCUUCUACUGUGACGCCCAGCGAAGCAGCCACCACCUUCAGCCAUGGCUCAGACUAUAGCUCCUUAUCCAAACAACCUCCUCCACCUCAACUCCAACCCUUGGCUCCAUUGCCUGCCACUUCUGUCCAGCACCCUCAGACUUUUGCCCUGCCUCGCCCCUUUCAGCCAUCCAGUGCCAAUAAAAACCGCCCUGUGCAAAGGAUUGCUCCUGCUAACACCCUCCCCUCUUCCCACCUCAUCCUCACAGCUCCUUUCCCAGGUCGUAGUAACGAUGUGAUUGUUACACCAACACCUCUGAAAGCAGAUGUGGUCCCUAAUACCGUAGUGGUCAUUGCUCGUUCUCAUCUUGGAGGGACGCAGAAGUCUCCGCAGCCGAUUGUCCCCAAAGAAAAGUCUUUUAGCCGCAAAAAUCAGAAAGUCUCAUCUAGUGUCGUUCACAGUCAACCGGGAUCAGGUCAAGGAUCACCGUGUGCGUUUGAUCAAGUCCCUAGUCCCCAGUCACUGAUUAGCAGCAGCAGUACACCUCUGGUAAAGAAUGAACAAAAUCAGAGCCGAAGGACAACACACAUAUCUGCUGAGCAAAAGAGACGAUCAAACAUAAACAUUGGCUUUAAAACACUCUGCAAUCUGGUUCCCACUUUGAAGUCACAAUCAAAUAUCACAAAUGCAGUCACAUUGCAGAAGACAGUGGAGCACAUUGGGAAGCUCCAGCAAGAGAGGCAGCAGAUGCAGGAAGAGGUCAAGAGAUUACGAGAGGAGAUAGAGGAGCUCAACACCUCCAUUAACUUGUGUCAGGAACAGCUUCCUGUAACAGGGGUUCCCGUUAGGCGGAAUCGCUUCGACCACAUGCAAGAGAGGUUCAAUGAAUACGUAAAGAGCCGCACUCUUCAGAACUGGAAGUUCUGGAUUUUCAGCAUCAUCAUCAAGCCUCUCUUUGAGACAUUCAAUGGUAUGGUGUCAACUACAAGCACAGCAGAGCUGUGUCAGACCACGUUGCAAUGGUUUGAUCAUCACUGCUCCCUUCCAGUGCUCAGACCCAUGGUGCUGAGUACCCUUCGUCAGCUGAGCACAACCACGUCCAUUCUUAGUGAUCCAUCCCUGCUGCCCGAAGAAGCCAUCCAGGCCGUCACACACACAGAUAUGUAGCCUUAAUCUCACAGGAGGUGAGGUCACCUGAACCUUUUAAACAGCAAUCAUCAAAAUGACAUAUCACCUGUUAACCUUAUAGACUUUUAGCAAGGUCACCACGUCUUCCACAGAUCCACGACUUCCCUGAAAAAUAAAUGAAAUUAUAAAUGCAAGCUAGGCUUACUAUGGUCAUACAUUUUUUCUGCUGUGCAUUGACUCACGCAGGGAACCCCACCUUUGACACAUCUCUAACAAUUGUGCAAAAAUGGCACCUAAUAUUGCCUUUACUGACUUCAGGUGAAGAUCUUCUAAAUGCUUUCUUGGAAGGUGGUACUUGUGGUUUGAUUUUUGAAUAAUACAUAUUUAAAUUUCAGUUAUUUUUACAAUGUAAAAACACAGCAUUGUGUUAAAAAGGGAAAUAUUGAGUGAUUGUUCAUUUAUGUGUUCUCUCUCAUGUGUAUAAAGUGAAAGGAUUUGAUGCAGGAGAUGAAUGUGGGAUUUUUUUUUUAGGACUAGCUAGCACUAUAGUUUUUGUUUUUUUUUGCAGGAUCUGAAACCUCCCAGAAAGACUUCACACCAGAAUGUAGAGGGUUGCCAGAAACAUGGUCAAGCAGACCACUCAUGGGCUGAUUUGUGCUUAAUUAGUACUUGAAGAUGAGCGUCUUUUUCCAUCCCUCAUUUACUCAGGUGAUUGUUAUUUUGCCAGUAAACUAUAGUGGUUUCCUGGUGGUUUUCCGUCCGUGCUCGUCUUCCUUCGUGCUGUUUGCUCUGCCCAUUUCCAUCCAGUUCAACUACAAAUUGUACAAGAAAGCGGUCAUGUUAGGUACAGUAUGUUACACACAUGGGUUCCUACUGGGCAGGUCACAGAAAAAUGGAGCGACAUUACUUACAGCCCUCAUAGGGAGCAUAACUGAAAUAGCAGUACAGAUCAUAUAUAUACUUCAUUCAUAUGUACAGUGUUACAUGAUCCUAGCUGAAUACACAGAAGCUGUAGGGGUCUUUUCUUUGUUGGUCACUCAGGGCUGCGCUGGUCAGCGUAAUUCAUUUAUGAACAAAUGGAGUCAGGAUCCUUCUCAGCAGGAGGACAUGGUGUCUGUAAAGGUACAGCUUAUAUAACAUGGUUUGAGUUACCAAUGUUUUUUUUCUGCUUUCACAGAAGAAAAUAGUCUGUCGUGUUAUAAGACACAGCACACAGAAACAGACCAAAAAGCCAUAUCAGAGUAAUUUACCUGUCCACUCAGUUCAUUAGUUUUGUGUUAUUGGUGUUAUAUUUGACGGAGCACUCUUGUGAAUUAGACACUGUGCAGAUUUAGUCAGCAUGUCUGACGUGCAUCAGCCUUAAGGUCAAAUUAAGUGCCCUUACUAGUGAUGUCUGCAAGCUCUUUUUUUGUGGUUCAGCACUCCUCAGGCAGACGUUGACUUUGCGACUUGGGUUUUUACUUUCCUGCAGAACAAACUUAAGUUUACUCUGACUUUUACAUUAGGAAAAGGCGAGGAAUGGAUAUUUGUUAUUUGAUGAAUGUACAGCUUUUGUGCUGCGUUUUAUUUACCUGUUUAGCAGUCAUCAAAAUUCCCUUUUUACGGUGUACAGCAGUGCAGCCUUUUUGAGGCAUGUGUAACGUUUAGCAGCCACAUUUAUCCGAAAAUAUGGAUGUUACUACAUAGAGAAAAUGGAAAUGCGCCUCUGAAUGCAGCUUUGGUUGUCAUGAUUGUGGGUUAAAAUGUUUCCCUUUUUUGGCUUUCUUUUUUUAAAUUCCCUUCGAACUGAGACUUAAAACAUGAUUUAACUUAUGACAGAAAUCCCACAUGUUCCACUGCAGCUUGGCAUUUGUGUGGUUUGUUUGUUUUCUUUCCUCAUCCUAUGAUUUUAAAAUGUUUAUGAUACCAGGUUGGAUUUCCAACUUUUGUUUGCUGUUUCUGUGAGGGGAAUUUGCAACAGAUGAUGUACAGUAUAUCAUUGCAGAUUGGAUCUGCCUAAGUUGUUUCUCCCCAAUUUAGUAUUGUAUUUAAUUUGUUUUAAGGAGUAAAAGUAUUUUAUUAUGCUGCAUCUGAGUGUUUUGUGUUUCUGAAAGGUUUAAUAUGCCUUAAAUGAUUUGGAAUCACAAUAAAAGCAACAACAAUGCAAA